UUAACGUACAGGAUGGCAGGUUUUAGUGGAGCCCUUCAAUUAACAGAUUUAAAUGAUUUCAUAACACCGUCACAGGAGUGCAUCAAACCUGUGAAGAUUGACAGGACUGCGGGGAAAGUUGGGAAAAUCAGAAUAGAAGACGAUGGCAGCUACGUCGAUGUGUCAGAGGGAGGAAAAGAGACAAAACUUCAGAAGGCACAGAUUACGUUAAAUGAUUGUCUGGCGUGCAGUGGAUGUAUUACAUCAGCCGAGAGUGUACUUAUAACACAACAAAGUCAGGAUGAACUGUACAGAAUACUGCAGGAAAAUCUUCAACUGCAAAAGGAUGGACAGGCUGAGCAACAAAAGACUAUAGUAGUAUCAGUGUGCCCACAGGCCCGGGCAUCGCUGGCUGCAAAGUAUGGCCUGUCAGUGACAGAGUCAUCACACAAGAUAACAGCGUUCUUCAAAAAAUUAGGUGUCCAUUAUAUCCUAGACACGACAUUUGCACGGGGCUUCAGUCUGAUAGAGAGUUGUCGGGAAUUUGUUAGUCGGUAUAAAGAAUCAGAGGUUACUCCUGCUGCCUUCCCCAUGUUGGCCUCAGCUUGUCCAGGUUGGAUAUGCUAUGCUGAGAAGACACAUGGUUCCUAUAUCCUCCCGUACAUCAGUACAGUGAAGUCACCACAACAAAUUAUGGGAUCUAUUGUUAAAGAUUAUUUUGCAAAGAAACUUUCAAAAACUCCAGACCAGAUAUACCAUGUGAGUGUGAUGCCUUGUUUUGAUAAGAAAUUGGAAGCUUCGCGUCCAGAUUUCUACAGUGAUAUUUACAGUACGAGAGAUGUCGACUGUGUUAUAACAUCAGGUGAAGUAGACUUGAUGCUACAGAAGGAAGGCACCGCUCUGUCAGAUAUAGAAGACCAUCCUUUAGAUAACUUAUUUGGAAGUGCAGAUAUUGUCAGUCACAUCGGGGGCGGUUCUGGAGGAUAUCUUGAACACAUUGCCAGAUACGCUGCUGAGGAAAUACUUGGUUUCACUGUUGAAAGUCUCAAAUAUAAAACACUGAGAAAUCAAGACUUUCAAGAAGUGACUAUAGAAACAGAAGGCAAACCACCAAUCAAAAUGGCUCUUGCAUACGGUUUUAGAAACAUUCAAAAUAUAGUACAAAAAAUCAAACGUGGAAAGUGUCCAUACCAUUUUGUUGAAAUAAUGGCCUGCCCUUCAGGCUGUACUAAUGGAGGAGGACAGAUAAGGCCAGAAGGGGAGGUUACUCCAAAAGAGAGACUGGUUGCAGUGACAGAACUUUAUAAUUCAGUAAGAACUGUAAAUCCUUGGACACAGUCUGAUAUUCAAAAUCUUUAUGCAGACUGGUUAGGUGGGACAAACAGUGAAAAGUGUAAACAGAUGUUACGUACACAGUAUCAUGAAGUGGAAAAGAUGACAAAUGCUUUAGCAAUAAAAUGGUAGAAGAGUGCAAAAUGACAAAUACCGAAUAGUUACGUCUCCCACCAGUGGUGUGGGAGACAUAUUGAUUUACUCCUGUCUCCUGUGUGUGUGUCCGUUUGUCUGUCUGUCUGUCCGUCUGUCACAAAUCUUGUCCACACUCUUUAAGUCAAAGUAAUACAUGUAUUGGUGCAUGGUUGACUCAGAUACAUAACUAUACAGAUGAUUAGGCAGUUGUGGGAGACAUGCGCUUUUCUCAAAAGCAGCUCUAGUUUUUUAAAAUUUGUGGUGCUACUUGAUUUAGUAUCUUAGUCGUGUUUGGAUGCCAGGACAAUAUUUAUAUGUUAUUAGAUUUGUAUUGAAAAAUAUGCAUAACUUCUGCAGCUGAAAUAUUGCAUUACUCAAGAAGCACAGUAGAAUUCAGCAAAAGAACAAAUCAUAUAAUUUGUAUUGCUGUUUUUCAAUUCUUAAAGUUGAUGUACUGAAACAAUUUAUAUGUAGACAUUUAUAAGGGAACAAGAUUUUUCUUUUCUUGGUAUUGUUGUUGUUAGUAGUAAUUCUUAAUUUAUGACAAGCUGAUAUGAAAGUUAUGCCAGAUAUUGACCACAUAAAUUAUAUUCUAGAGAUAGACUAACACCUACGCUGUAUAUGCUCUUGAUUGAAAAUGAAUAUAACUAAAAUAAAUUCAAAAGGGUUUUUUGUGUGUUUUGUGAAGGAGGUUGUUGGUAUGAAAUAACUAUUCAGCUGUCUUACAAAAUAUUUCUGGUUCUUCCCAUGAGCCUGCCUUUGCCUGAAAUAAUUCUCAAAGGAGCACCUGGGAUCUUCCUCCACCAUGAAAAGCUUGAAUGUCACCUUAUUGUAAUGUCAGUGAUGUCAAACCCAACAAAAAACAUCAACAUAGCAUGAAGUUUAGAUAGAAAAUUUAUUGCUAGAUUUCUCGACCUUUGUAUUUUUUAAAACCUGAAUAUUUAUUUUAUAUUACAAAUUCUAUGUAAAUGAAGAUUUUAGAAUAACUCGUGCGAGCUAGGAAAAGCUGGGCCCAUAUUCAUCAACAUUAAGUGUGUUAAAGUUUUGUUUUGCUCCAUCAUAGAUGAAUUACAACAGACUGUAAUGAAACUUUACAUGAAUAUGCAGUCUGCAGUUACAGACUUUGCUGUACACAAAAAUGGGGCAAAUUAUAUUUCAGUAAUUGGCAUUUUUGUCGAGCCCGCUUGCGGAUGCGAAGACUAUAAGAUUCUUUCACUGGUUAUAGUGCAGAUGGGAAUUUCCGGCCUCGAGGGUAACUGUUUAGGUGGUAACGAGGUUCCUGCCGAGUUACCGGCUAAACAGUUACCCUAGAGCCGGAUAUUCCCAUCUGCACUUAUAACCAGUGACAGAAUCUUUUUCUUGCAUACCGAUAUCAAGAUAAAAUAAUAAAAAUAAAAUCAGUCGAAUGGCUUUCCUUUUAGAACUAUUUCUUAUAGCAGCGUAUUUAAACAAAGCGCGGGAAAUCAACGUCCUUAAACAGGAAAGACGUCAUGACGUUUCAAAGACAAAUAACAAUGUUUAGUUCCGGUUUUGUUUUAUCAGUUCCAGCGUAACGUUAUGAAUUUUUGAUAAAAUAACGUGUUUUGAAUCGAGAAAUAUACUAUCAGGAACAAAGAGGAACUGUCAAGGUAUUGGAUUUUUAUUCUGUUUUUCAAAAUAAAAUAUAAAUAACUACAUAAAUCUUCUACAUAUAUGUAGUUCGUAAUACGUCAUUUAAAGCACGAGAGUCAUCUUACACCCCGGGGUGUAAGAUGGAUUUUUCCAGCACCGGUAAAAAUACCGGAAAUCCCCGUCUGGUAUGCAAGAAAUAGUUGUCUGAAUGACUGUUCGGUGUAUGUCUGCGCUUCUAUCUGUACGGAUUUGUUUGUCCGUCUUGUUUAUAUUUGGCAUGAAUGUUAACCUCAGUGAAAGGGAGUGUCAUGCGCAAACCCCAGGUUCCUAUCUCAAAGGUCAAGGUCACAGUUGGAGGUCAAAGGUCAUGUCAGAUCUUAUCUGGCCCAUAACUUUGACAUGCAUUGAGGAAUCUUGUUUAUAUUUACUCCAGGUACCUAUCUCAAAGGUCAAGGUCACAGUUGGAGGUCAAAGGUCAUGUCAGAUCUUAUCCGGCCCAUAACUUUGACAUGCAUUGGGGAAUCUUGCUUAUAUUUUGCGUGAGUGUUUAACUCACUGAGACUGACUCUAUCUCAAAGGUCAAGGUCACAGUUAUGGGUCAAAGGGCGGGCUCAACACGUUGCCCGUGGGCAUCUAGUUUAUUCUUAGUUUCAAACUUGUAACUUUGAUGAGUACGAGCCCAGCUUUCUAUAGCACCACAAGAAGAAAAGUAGAUAAAAGUUGUAGUUUUUUGUAACACUUAUUUAUAUUGUGUUUGUUUAAAUGUUAAAGAAAUUUUGUGAUACAAAGAAGAAACGAAUAAAGUAUUGAAAAAAGUA